GUUUUGGUCUUAACACUUGCAAGCAUGAAAUAAUUAUGUCAUAUACAGUUUUCGUGAUUGAAUAUCGAUGACUAGGGAUUUUUCUUGCAACUACAAGCAUAUCAAUCCAUGGGCAUUUUUCCAUUUCUACGAAAAAAUAUGAGUUCCAAAGGUGUUGAUGAGCAGUGCCUGGGAUGGGCGGCAAGAGAUGCAUCCGGAGUUUUAUCACCUUACAAAUUCAGUCGCAGGAAUCUUGGGAACGAAGAUGUUCAUAUUAAAAUUACACACUGUGGUGUUUGCUACGCUGAUGUAGUUUGGACAAGGAAUAAACAUGGCGACUCAAAGUAUCCUGUUGUGCCUGGUCAUGAGAUUGCUGGGAUUGUGACAAAGGUUGGCCCUAAUGUCCACCGUUUCAAUGUUGGUGACCAUGUUGGAGUGGGGACUUAUGUCAACUCUUGUAGGGAUUGUGAGUAUUGUAACGAAAAACAAGAAGUUCUUUGUACCAAGGGAUCAGUAUUCACUUUUAACGGUGUUGAUUUUGAUGGUACAAUAACAAAAGGAGGAUACUCAAGUUACAUAGUAGUCCAUGAGAGGUACUGCUUCACGAUACCAAAAAACUAUCCAUUGGCUUCAGCAGCUCCUUUGCUUUGUGCUGGGGUUACUGUUUAUUCUCCUAUGGUGCGCCACAAGAUGAAUCAACCUGGAAAAUCUCUUGGGGUGAUUGGUCUUGGUGGCCUUGGUCAUAUGGCAGUGAAAUUCGGAAAGGCAUUUGGUUUGAGUGUAACAGUUUUUAGCACUAGUUUGUCCAAGAAAGAAGAGGCACUGACCUUGCUUGGUGCAGACAAAUUCGUUGUUUCAUCUAAUCAAGAGGAAAUGAAGGCGUUGGCUAAAUCGCUGGACUUUAUAAUCGACACAGCAUCCGGUGAUCACCCAUUUGAUCCUUACAUGUCACUUUUGAAGCCAUAUGGUGUUUUUGUCUUAGUUGGUUUCCCUAGUGAAAUCAAAUUCAGCCCUGCAAGCCUUAAUAUAGGAUCAAAGACUUUUGCCGGAAGCAUUACAGGUGGUACAAAAGAUACACAAGAGAUGAUUGACUUCUGUGCUGCAAACGAUAUUCACCCAAAUAUAGAGGUGAUUCCAAUCGAGUAUGCCAAUGAAGCUCUUGAGAGGCUCGUAAAUAGAGACGUCAAAUACCGUUUUGUAAUUGAUAUUGCGAACUCCCUAAAAGAAAAUUAAGAAGUUGCUUGCAAAAGCAGACAUCAUUGGAGUUUAUCAUGUUCAAAAGGUGGUGCUGAAACGUUGUCGUUAGAGGCACCAAGUGGGCUAUUAUGAGAAUGAGGGAUCCCUUAAACACCGCUCCCCUGUUCCUAAGUCGGUUGAUGAGCCUGAUGCCCCUCGGGCGUCAACGUCGCCGGAGAGCAGGCGAUGAGAGUUAUACCUUUGUCAUCGGGAAAGCUAUGUUGGUGGCAGCCGCUUGCGGGCUGGUAGGGAUGCUCUGUCUUUACAACGACGGUGUUAUUGUUUUUCUUUCUUUCGAAAUCCAAGAGGAUGGUGUACUGAGAUCAUCAACGCGUCUGAUGUAUCAGCUUUUUCACAAAGUUAUGGAUUAAACCACAUCAAAUGUAAUCCCAGACACGGUUCUUCUGUUAUAUUCCUGAAACCAUCUUCUUCGAAAGUUUUGUGGUAGGUUCGUGGAGUAAUUCCGUUGUAGAACUUUUCCAAGUAAGGCAUAGAUGUCAACACCGAAUAAAUUAAUCAAUCCUAAGUAUUUGGAUCAUGGCGUAAAUGGAUAGAACAAAAGGGGUGACGACGUUGAGAUUGAAAGAGGCGGUGGAAGAAGCUUCCUCUCUACGCUUGCUUUCUUCUCUUCACUUCAAGAGAUAAGGGGAGACAGAGGUUGGAUAGAAUCGUCGAACGGUGUGGUCAUUAGAUUUUCCGACGGUGUUUGCCGGCAAGUGCACUAAGGCAUGGUGAUACCGGUCACUUUUCAGCUCCACUUUUGAAGAUUACGGUAUUGACUUUUCCAGCAAAGUCUUGCGUACGUUUUGGCACACUGAUAUUGCAUCGUCCUCCAGAAUAUGUGGUUGAAAGCUUGAACAGGUUGGAGAGAUCUUUUCCCCAGCUAUAUGGAAAUUUAACUCUUUCUUCGGCAUGCAUGAAGAGAACUUCUCAUUUGAUUAGAGAUUUUACUAUGAUCCUUUUUCCAUCUUUUCUUUGAUGAGGGGCCCUGCAAACUGAAUUGUUUGUGAAAAUCUACCUCAUGUUGUUAUUGGAGGGAGACAUGCUAUUGCCUCUUGUGAAUUGCACCGAUAUUCAUAGUUAUAUUUCAUAUAACUUUUUGACGUGUCAUGUAUGAUAAAUACAUGCCUCGGUUACAACAA